AUGAUACUGUUAAUACCAAGAAUAGGGUUAACAAGAAGUAUACCCCGUGUUUCUGUUCAACCUGCACUUUUUUUGAGAUUUAAAUCAAAUGUACCUUCACUGAAAAAACAACCGAAGAAAAGUCAUCUUCCAGCCAGUAAUAUUCCUAAGAAAUCACUUCCUUCAGAAGGAGAAUGGAAACAUUUAAAAUUACAUAUUCCAGGGGAACAAGUACAAAAGGAUAGUGUCAAAGAAAGAAUCCCUAAAUUUCCAUUAGGAAAAGAAAAUGUACCUACAUUGUUACCACGUCCUGGUGUUCCACAAGUAGGGAAAGAUUAUACAUUUAGACAAGUUAUUAGAAUAUUGAAAAAUAAAGUCAAACCUGAAUUGAUUUACGAGAGUGAACCACAUAGAUUGUACUUUUUAAUGUGUUUCUGUGCUGCGAUUGUAUUCACGGUUUAUGGAAGUGUUCUUUUUGAAUGGGCAUUUUUUGUAGCUAAUUCGGAAUAUGAAAAGAAUGAAAAGGAAGAAAAAGAAGAAAUACGUAAAAGAGAUUGGGCUCUUUCCUUAUUGUUAUAUUUGAUUCCUUCAAGUUCAUUGUUCUUAUUAGCAUAUGGUGCUGCCACUUUCCCUACAAGAAUGGUUAGACGUAUUUAUUAUCUCCCUGGUCCAGUCGAACACAUUAAGUUUACAAGUUAUCCAUUGAUUCCAGGAAGACCCACUCCAGUUUACACAGUUCCAUUAGCCAGUUUAACUAGACGUAAGACAGCUAGAGUUUGGACUGGUAAAGGAUUUUAUGGUACUUCUGAUAAAGGGUUCUUUUACUUUGUGUUGACUGAACAAUUGCCAAAUGGUAAAACCAAGAACUGGAUCGUUGAUAGAAAAGGAUUCUUUUGGGCCGAUGGUAGAGUAUUUGAUUAUUUAUUUGGAAAAGAAACACUUGAAGAAGCUGAAGCCGGUGUGCCAUAUGAUGAACAAUUUGGUAUAAUUAAUCGUGAAAUGAAAAAGAAGAAACAACAAUUGAGAAAAGAACAUGGUUUAUUUUGGAGAUAUAAAAUGGCAGCUAAGGAAUUUGGAAGUGACGUUAAGAAAGUUACUGGGCUUGUCAAAGGAAACACUAAAGACUUGCCUCCACCAAAACAAAAAUAA